AUGCCGUUAAACGCAUUGAAAGAUUAUCAAAAGAGAGAAUCUCGAAUGGCUCGAAGAUUUGCAGUCAUCACUGCUAUGAUGUCAUUGGCUCGCCGCACAAGAAAUCACGGCGCAUGUCCAGUGUGCUCAUCCAAAAUGGCGGACGUAGAAGAUGAGGAGUCAGAAGUUUUCGAAAUAACAGACUUUACAACUUCAUCAGAGUGGGAAAGAUUCAUUGCAAGGUUAGAAGAGGUCAUUCAUGAAUGGAAGCUAGAUGAUGGCGCUUCAAGACAUCAGUACAAAGGUUUUCAGGUAUCUUCAAGUAAAGACUCCCAAAAAACAAAAUUAAACCCUUUACCUGUGAAGAAGGCUGAUAAUGAAAGAGAAGGAAUAUGGGCAUUUAUUCAAGAACAAGUCUGCUUUGCAAAUUUUACUUUUAACAUAUCAUAUCAUUACUUAAAACGAAAGAGAAAAGAAAAUCUUCCAUCCAAAAAUAUAACACAAGUGCAAGAAGGAAUUCCGUCUGCUGUGAUGGAUAUGUUUGACAUGGACUUUGACUUCCCCCCAAGAGUACAUUGUCUCAGCAGAUGGUAUGGGCUAAAGGAGUUUAUAGUUCUGUCACCCGCUCAAAACAUAGAAUCUAUUGACAGUGAAUCAAGAUGUCAUCUGUUGUUGAGCUCUAUAGCAAUUGCAUUUACCAAUGCAAAAUGCACAAUACCAAUGUUUAUUCAAGCUCAUCAGAGAUGGAGGCGACUUUAUUAUGGUGUUUGYCUUGGUGGAGAGUUUCGCACCUUGUUUGAAAUGUGCCAUCUUAAGAAUACCCCACCACAGUAUAAUCAUUUAUCUGGUCUUCUUGAGGUCUUUAAGGAUAAAUUAGCAUGUCCAGUAUCUCCCUGUCCACCAGUUACAGUAUCAAUACGCUUUACUUAYAUCUUGAAUGAAUGGACUGAUUACGCUUGGCCUCAAGAGCCCCCAGACAUUGAUGCAUUAUUAAAUGUUAACAAGUUUGAAGGUGAAGAUAUAGUACAAUUAGGAAGUUUACCUUUUGGAGCUAGUCAGGAUCCUAUCAGUGAGCUCCACCUAUCAACAACAUGGCCAUGUCUUUCAGAAGAAGUAGUUGUCGAUAAUGCAGUUUAUUCAGAUCUAGACCCAUUACAGGCUCCUGAAUGGUGUGUCAGGGUUAGAAUGUGUGAAAACCCUAACUGUUUAUUAGGUGAAUAUUUUGGUGGUUUUAUGGAAUUAUGCUACAGAGAAGAAUCAACAAUGCAGUUAUUAAGGAAUAAUUUAGAUGAAGAUGAAGAUAAUGCUGAUAUUACACAAGCUUUACAAAGACUAACAGAUCCUGGUCAUAGGAGCCCUGUGUCAUCCUUGUCUUCAGCAGUUUCCAAAGCAACUAAAAUCUCAAUUCUUGGUGAAGGUUCUUCACAAGAGUUCCCAAUAGAGCAGGAGCUUUUAACAUGUGUCUUAAGAUAUCUUUUCCCUGAUGCUGAGGAAGAUGCUGAAUCAAUUGAAGCAAAGCAACAAGAAGUCCAUGAAUCAAGACAGACUGAUUAUGACAGCUUUAAGGAACUGCAGGACAAACUAAGAGGGUUAAAAUCUUCAYCUGAAGAUAGUCUUACUUUUGUCUUAGCAAUAUGUACUUGCAUUGUAUAUAAUAAUCAUGGAGGACUUAGAGCUGUUGCACAUCUAUGGCAUGAGUUUGUUCUUGAAAUGAGAUAUCGAUGGGAAAAUGAUAUAUUUAUACCUAGGUUAAAAUUAGAGUCUCCAAAUCAUGGAUGUUGCUUAAUUCAUCAAAAGCUACAGAUGCUUAAUUGUUGCAUAGAAAGACGGCGUAUAUCCAAACUAAGGGCAUCAAAACUUGAYAUUAAUGAAAAAAGGACUGAAAGUAGUAGCUCUGAAGARGAGUUCUUUGAAGCAUUAGAAGACCUGGAGUCAUCUAGUAGAUCAAGUCAUAGUCCUUCUAAAGAGUCUGUGAAAGAAAGUCAGUCAAUUGAUGGUAGACUCAAUCAGUUUGGUGAUCUGUUAUUACUAGCUACUGGUGAACCAUUAUAUAUCCCUAUUACACAGGAACCAGCACCCAUGACAGAAGACAUGCUUCAGGAACAUGCAGAGGUUCUCACUCAGCUGGGUACAACACAAGAAGGUGCCCGUGUUAGGGCACAGAUGCAAAGUGCAUCAUUACUAUCAGACAUGGAAGCGUUUAAAGCUGCAAAYCCUGGUUGUUUACUGGAAGAUUUUGUCCGCUGGUAUUCACCCAAUGACUGGAUUCCAGGAAAAGAAACUCAUGAAGAAGCGGAAGAACUGGAAAGUAUAAAGCAACGUAGAAACCAAGAAGUUACUGACAAAGUUUGCAUUGAAGAUGAAGACGRUACCAGUYUUGGCUGGGAUGACGAAGAUGAAGUAACUGAAGAAGAAAUUACAGAGGUGGAGAAGUCUGCUGCAGUUGRACUGAUGCAUGAAGCUAAAGCUGGUCACGUACCAGAACUUGCUACAAAGAAAUGGACUGAAGAAGGUCAUUUGAGUCUKAGAAUGCGUAUCCCUGGUAACAUAUGGGCUGAGGUUUGGCACAGUGCAAAAGCUGUACCAAUACGGCGACAAAAACGACUCUUUGAUGAAACUAAAGAAGCUGAAAAGGUUCUUCAUUUCCUGGCAUCUCUGAAACCAGCUCAAGUAGCUUUCUAUCUCUUUCCUGUUUUAUUUCACGCUGCUUUACUGAAAAUAGAGGAAGCUGGUGGUAAAGAUAUUCCAGCUGUUGCAUCGUUACUGGAACAGGUGACCAGGAAGGCCAGGCAGCUACAUUGGAAUAUGCCUGACGAUCUUCCACAGUGUGAGGAACUCGUGAAACAAGUGAAACUUGCAGAACUUGCUAUCGCUCGAGCGGAUUCUCUUCGUUUCAAAUUCCAAGAAGCCAUYCAGUCCCAGAAGCACUCUGUACAAAAGGUCGGCGGAGAGAAAAAUCUUGAUGAGUUUUUAGAAUCUUUGAUGGAAAAACCUGAGGUGAAUGUCAUUGGUGCAGGACGAGGACCGGCUGGGAGAGUAAUUCAUAAAUUAUUUGCUAAGCAAGAGAGUGCAAGAAUGGAGCAGCCUAUUCUAGAGAGAGAUGUCAACAAACAACAAGUUUCCCCCGGAACAACUCCAGUGCAGCAGGACUUUCCUAUCCCAGCUGGACGUGAAUACAUUCUACGRACCACUCUACCUCGUCCCGCGCGGUCAUCACGGGCGUGUCCGCAGCGAAUGUAYUGCGUAUUGGCCGGGGAUGAGUUUCGACUUGCUGGUGCAUUUACAGAUGACGUAACGUUCCAAUAACAGUAUUAUUGUCGUCGUAAAUACACAAAUAAGACUUCGCUCACAGGCCAGAUAGCAGUAUGCACAUUGUCAACAGAAUCAGACAAUUCUAUUCAUAACCURGAAAUACCAUGCACAUGGACUUAAACAGUUGAAUUUUAAUUUAUUCCAUGAUCAGAGAGAAAUUUUAUGCUGAGGCUUUGUCAUAUUCUCCACUGAGAAAUUAAUCGUCAAAUUUACAGGAUAAAUUGACAAAUGGAAGAGUUUAUAGUAUGCAUUGAAUGAUAGAAAGUUAAAUUAUAUUUUAAGUACAAAGUAUUUAUGAAGAUAUUUUAAAUAAAUGUCUUAUAGAGUUGA